CGAAGUUACUGGUAACGCACAGACGAACCGAUGACACAACGGGAUGUUCUCUUACGUCUUUAUUUAUAAAACCGAUGCGACCAACGGUAGCCGCGCGCUUAUCCCGAGCUCCCGCAAAUAUUAUUGUCAACGUAACUAGUAUCGAAUAGGAGUAUUUCAGCGCCGGCGCUUACUUCAAAUAGUGUCGUACGCAGCGGCCAUCUGUUUCGUGAAUAAACAAAUCGUUGUGAUAAAAGCGUGUUAAACAGCGAACAUGGACAGUUUAGACGUGCCGCCCAAGUAUCCGCCGCCACCGCCUCCCCAGAGGCCGGUCAGGCCAAAGAUCACCCUUCAGAUGCCCGAUUCGAUAAUACCAAUAACACCGAUGACGGCGCGAAGCCAGGGAACGGGAUCCGUGUACUGGGACCCCAAGUUUCAUGUGAAGCCCCCCGGAACGCCAGGGUCCCACAUUUCGGAUCCGCACGGACACUUCAAUCCUUUCAUGCACAUGUAUCACAAUAAGGCUUCGGAGUUCAUGUUCAAACAGUUCGAAGGUUUUAAAGACUUUACGAUGAACACGGCUAAAAGUGGUUUGAGCGCCGGUGAAAAGACAGCCUUCUGGGUGUACAAUAAACUGAAGUUGCUCUCGAGGAGAUGGUUCACGCAUCUGUUCCUAUCGAUGUGUUUGGCGUUGUACAGUGUUAUGGGUGCAGCGAUAUUUGUCACACUAGAAAGAUCGCAUGAAUUAAGCAGUCUGAAAAAUCUUUCAGAAGUUCGCUACACGAUAGCAAAGAAGUUACAAACUACCAUUAUCCAAAACAGUACUGUUAUACAAGAUUCAACGUUAGAUUUCCUAAAAACAAUCGAAGUGGAUCUGAAGGAGUACGAGGACAACUACACGGAGUGUAUGAAGCAUUUGAACAACAAGGAAAAGAAGACUUGGACGUUUUGGAAUGCAAUGUUUUACGCGGGAACUAUUUACACGACUAUAGGUAAUUAA